AUGGACCAGGUGCUGGAUGGUCUUCCAGGAGUCGUCUGUUACCUGGACGACGUGCUGAUCGGCGCCGACAGUGACCGUGAGCUGAUGGACAGGCUGGACCGGGUGCUGGAGCGGCUGAAGGACAACGGCGUCCGCCUCAAGAAAGAGAAGUGCCAGUUCGGAGUCCGAGAAGUGGUGUAUCUCGGUUGGCGACUGUCUGAGGCGGGUCUGCGCCCGGUGCAAGAGAAGACGGCGGCCGUCACAGCAGCACCUGACCCUCGGAACGUGCAGGAGCUGCGAUCUCUGAUCGGGUCAGUCAGCUAUUAUCAGCGGCUGCUGCCCAACCUGUCUACCGUGCUAGCGCCGCUCUACGCGCUACUGAAGACGGGCGUCAAAUGGGCAUGGACGGCGGAGUGCGCCGCGGCAGUGCGCCGUGUGAAGGACAUGCUGUCCACGGCGCCGGUCCUGAUGCGGUACGACCCCGUGCUGCCGCUGCGGCUCGUCACGGACGCCAGUGCGACAGGAGUCGGAGCGGCUCUGAUGCAAGUGACGCCCGAGGGGCUCGAGAGGCCGGUACAGUACGCCUCCCGAACGCUCACUCCGACGGAGAGGAAGUACGCCCAAGUGGAGAGGGAAGCCGCAGCCGUCUCGUUCGGAGUGCGGCGGUUCCACCAGUUCCUGUUUGGUCGGCCGUUCACCCUGGUGGUCGACAACAGGACGCUCUCCAGGAUCCUAAACCCGGACCGUGAGCUGCCAUCUCUGGCGGCGGCUCGCAUGCAAAGGUAUGCGCUGCAGCUCGCGGCGUAUCAGUACAAGAUCGAGCUGCGCCGGACGGAGGACAUGAGGCUGGCGGACACGAUGUCCCGUCUGUCGGUGCCGGACGAGGCGGAGAACCGGCUGUCGGCAGAAGAGGAGGCGGCGUACGGCGGAGGCGGCGUAAUGUUCAUCGCCGAGCAGGGGCCGUGUCUGACCGCGCAGCAGAUAGCAGUGGCCACGCGCCGAGACCCGGCGCUCGCCCGCGCUCUGGCGGCGGUGCGAUCGGGCUGGCCGGCGGUGGUGGACCCGGACCUGGCUCCCUUCAAGAAUCGCCGAGAGGAGCUGACGACUGAGGCCGACUGUCUGCUCUGGGGCGGCCGAGUCGUCAUCCCGAGCAACCUGCGCGACACCGUCAAGCGGGAGCUGCAUGAGGGUCACUUCGGCUGCACUCGCAUGAAGCAGCUGGCGAGGCGCUUUGUGUGGUGGCCGGGACUCGAUGCUGAGCUGGAGGCGCUGGCUCGCGGGUGUCAGGCGUGCGUCUCAAAGCGAGCUGAGCCGCCGCAGGCGACACGGCACCCGUGGGAGCCGACGGACGGCCCGUGGCAGCGGGUGCAUGCCGAUUUUGCCGGACCUCUGAAGGGCACCUGGUUCCUGGUGAUGGUGGAUAGUUUCUCCAAGUGGGCUGAAAUGAUCCCAAUGAAGACGACCACGUCCGAGCGGACCAGUGACGCCCCACGCCGCGACCGCACGGACUCCCGCUGA